AUGCGAUUUUUGUUUGUCCUUUUCAAUUUCACUUUGGUAUUCACUUACAUUGUUCAAUCUUUUAGAUUGUAUGCCCAUAAAACUGGUACUGGGAAUACUAAAAAUGGGCGUGACAGUGCUCCAAAUUUCUUAGGAUGGAAACGUACGUGUAAUAGUUAUGUGUACCCUGGUAAUGUAAUAAUUAGACAGCGGGGGGCUAAGUUUAAACCUGAUUAUGGCACAAUUAUGGGAAGAGAUUUUACAAUUUCCGCAGUUAGACCAGGUGUAGUAAGGGUACACCAUGGUAAGAUAAGUGUAAUAGACAAGGAAGAAGCAUUGGAAGAGUUGAAAAAAGAUGAACCUAUGAUAGCAACUAUAAGUAAAAUAUGGAAUUCCUAA